CUCGCCAUCGCGGGGAACAUAGCGCUAUUCCUAUCCUCCAACACCGCCACCGGCGCGGCCGUCAUGCUCUCCGCGUCGAUUGUCAAACCGGAUGGAGGAUCGGACAUUGCACCCCUCACCUUGCCCCCGCUCUUCGAGUUCACCCUUGACAACAGCGUCCGGGACAUGUGGAAUGCAGGCGUGUACCCGCUAUCCAUCCUCAUAGCGGUGUUCUCCGGCGGUUGGCCAUACUUCAAGCUCGCGCUCAUGUUGCUCGCGUGGUAUUCACCGAUGGGGGUUUUAUCCACAAGCGCUCGCGGAUAUUUACUGAGGUCGGUGGAUGCGUUGGGGAAGUGGUCGCUGAUUGACACGUUCGUCAUGACGCUGUUCCAGGUGGCGUUCAGGUUCCACGUGAUCACCCCACCCUCCAGCGUACCUUUCCAAUCAAGCAGCGACGACACCGGGGUCGGAUCCUUCGCACAGCUUGACGCGAUGGUGGAGCCGAGAUAUGGCUUCCACGUGUUCCUGUUUGCGACGGUGCUCUCGCUGUUCCUUGGACACUUCGCGCUGGGUUGGCACAGACACGCGGUCGGGGAGGAUCUGGCCGGAGUUGACCCAAAGGACGAAGGUGAGGAAGAUGAGGAUAAUGAUGAUAAUGUGGCGCGGUGGCGGCGGGUCGGCGGGAACGAGCGCAAACGUAUCGCUCUGCGCAACGGUAUGGCCGGGUGCCUCUCGUUCGCCGCCGUGCUCCUCGUCGUUGGCGUGUUUGCCACGUCUAUUAGGUUCGAUUUCAAGGGUUUGGCGGGGUUCGUGCUCGGCCGGGGCGGAGCGACGCGGGAGUACUCCCUCGUGUCUCUCGCCUUGAACAUCCCGGGCGGGGAGCUCUCGCACGUGGGGGUGCAGGUGUCCCUCUGGGUGUUUGUGAUUGUCAUGCCCGCCGCCCAGCUCGUUGCGCUAGCUUUGCUGUGGCUCAUGCCCAUGACCGCAAGCUCGCAGAGGAGGAUGGAGAUUGUCGCGGAAAUUUGCGGGGCGUGGGCCGCGCUCGAUGUCUUCCUUGUCGCUGCACUCGCGGCGGUACUCCAGAUUGGAAGGUUCACUGAGUUCAUCGUUGGAGACGCGUGUGACGGGAUCAACAAGGUCCUUCGUGAAAUUUCCAACCUUGGCGGUGAUGGGUUGGACCCGCUCAGGUUGAACGGCGACGACGUAUGUUUCGACGUGGAUACCAGGAUGGAGAGUGGGUGCUGGGUGUUGGUAUGCGCGGCGGGGUGCAUCGCGAUGGUGAUGCAUCGGUCGACUGUUCGCGCGCGACGGGUCAAGGAACAGGCCGAGCCGGUUGUUGAAGAGGAGGUUUAGAUAAAAAAAAGUUACAAGCGGUCCUCCGGCCACCGCCAUCUGCGCACCAAAAUCACCGAGAGCGAAAAAUGGGAGCGCACGAUCAAGCCGCGAUGAAGUCGAUCAAUUUGAUGAGCGAAUGAUUCUUGGCACC